AAGUGGACUCGCCGCAGAUUCCCUCAGACUCGACACACACACACGCUUAAUAUUCCCGAUGUACUGUCCACGCCGUCCAUAAAGUGGCUACAUUUGAUUUGUCUGGACCACUUGGGGGGACGAUAAUGCUGAAUGGUCGCGCUCAUGAAAUUCACCAGAGACAUAUGUCGAUUCUUGGGGCUCUCGAGUGGUCCACCUGUGCAGCAGCAGCAGGAAGAACAGAUGGACUGUGGUGCUGCCCUCCAUGACCCAAGUGAUGAUAGUGCUUUGUUACAGGAUGGCUUAAAUGGUGAGGAGGAUCUCAGUGAGGAUGAGAAGGCCAGACAGAGAGCAGGUCGACGUAAAGCAAAGAGGAAGCGCCGUCGAAAACGUAAGAAGCAGGAGCAAAUGAAGCAAAACGAGAGUGCAGAACAGGAUGGUGGAGAUGGAGAAGCCGAGUCUGACUUGGAUGAGAGUGAAUCGGAAGCGGAAGUUAAUGCAGUAGGGGAGACACAGGUGCAAAAGGAGGAGAAAAAGUAUGCAAAGUCAGCUGCCUCAUACAAGCUUGCUACCUCUGUGCCCUCCAGAGAGCAUCACAAGACCACAAUAGCUGAAGACGAGCCUGAGUGGGAUGUGAGUAGUGCCUUCUUUGCCAACGCAGCCAGCCACAUCAAGCCCAAAGGAUCAUGCCGCAAGUCCAAAGAGAACAAAGAAAACGAGGCCAGGAAAGAGACGAACGGAACAAACAUCACAACGAAGAAAAGCACGUCACUUGCAGAAAAAGGGAUUAAGCUCGUCCAAGAAGGGCAGUACUUACAAGCAGCCGGCAUGUUUACAGAAGCCAUCAAAUGUGAUCCAAUUGAUUACAGGUUCUUUGGGAAUCGUUCUUAUUGCUACUACUGCUUGGAGCAGUACACUCAGGCCCUGGCAGAUGCUGAGCGCUCCAUCCAGCUGGCUCCAGACUGGCCCAAAGGGCACUUCCGCAAGGGAAGUGCUCUCAUGGGCAUGAAGCGGUACAGUGAUGCGCAGAAAGCUAUGGAGCAGGUGCUUAAACUGGACAAAGACUGUGAAGAGGCCGUCAAUGAUCUCUUUCACUGCAAAAUGCUGCAAUUAAUGGAUCUUGGUUUUGAUGAAAUGGACAGCGCAACAUUGCUGGAGAAAUUCUCGACAGUGCCAGAGGUUUUGGCAUAUUUCGCCGAUGCUCCCAGAGCGAGCCAAGAUCAGUCUGUUGUACUACCUGGAAGCCCUUGUCCAUCGCUGUGGGUGGGAAAUGUGACGACAGAGCUGACUGAAAAACACUUAAGGGACCUUUUUAAAAUGUAUGGUGAUAUCGAGAGUAUCCGUGUGCUGCAUGAGCGCUUUUGUGCCUUUGUCAAUUUCAAGAAUGUAAACAUGGCGGCCCGCGCCAGGGACAAACUAAAUGGUUACAUUAUUGAGAACACACGUUUGGUGGUGCGCUAUCCUGAGCGUCGCCCUCAGAGAGUCCUUCCUGCUCCACUCAGGACCUGCCUCUCUGUCACACAGCACACAGACCUCGGCGGCGAGGCCCCGUCAACGGAGACGAGUGUUACUUCUGGAGAACCACAGGCUGCCAUUUUGGAGACCAGUGUCGCUACAAACACAUUCCGGAUCAGAAAGGAAACCAGGACGUACCGGCGAAAGCACCCAGCCAGUACUGAGUGGACCAGUUUCUGUCGACAACAAAAUAACUUACUCUGGGAAAAAGUGGACCAGAAUAAUAGAAAAGGUCAGUGUCAGCACUCAAAGGCAGGAGGAGUCCAACAUGUGUCACAAUCAACUAGGAAUGUGAGGAUUUUCACCAGGGAAUGAAAAGCUUCACAUUUGCAGCCAAUGAUGACACAUGGUGACCGACCUCUGCCUUAAGGGAUAAAACCGAACCUCACAGGCCGCACGGCCAAUCAUAUGUCAACCUUCUGGUCUCUACGGCAGUGAAGACACCUUUUAGUAUGAUUCUAUUAGUUGAGAAGGUACAAAGGAGUGUUAGGACCACACUGAAGGAGAAAAAUUAUUAACAUUAUUUAUAAAGCUACUUGGAAUAAGUUGUAAUGUUACAAAAACAACGUACUAAAAUGUUGCAAUCUUCCGAUAAUAAUACGAUCAUACAAUGAUGGCUUUUUUCCUGCACUAUUGUGACGCUAUUAUCUGAAAUCAUUUUUUUAAAACAUUUUUUCCCCUAAUAUUUCAACUUUAUUUUCGUAAAAUGAAUAUAUUUUGUCUCAAAAUCAGGAGUUAAUUUUCCUCAGAUUCAAUCUUUUUUCUUGUAAUUUGAUGAGUUUGUCAAUUGUUGUAGUUUUUCAAUUUUAUUCUUGAACAUUUUGUUCUCUCUGAAUAUUACAACUUUGUUUUUGUAAAACGCCACACGCCCCCCCCCAAUAAUGCUACUUGUAAAAUACAGAUUCCCCCCCCCCCCCCCACACACACACAAUGUUAGUCUUGUGAAAUGACACCCUUUUUAUAGUAAUAUUCCAUCUUUAUUCUCCCAAAAUAGGUAUUUUAUUCAGGUAAUAUUACAAGUAUAUUCACAUACAAUGAAAACUUUUUUCCUUGUAAUGUUUCUACUUUAUUGUUUCCCCGUAAAACAGCAACCUUUUUCUUGUAACAUACAACUUUAUUCUUGUAAAUGAUCCCCUUUUUUGUAGUAAUUACAUCUAAAUUGUAUAAUACUUAAGUCCAAGAUGUUGAUAUUUUCUUCUUUUCAGUGUGGCCUUAACAAUCCUUAACAACCGUGCAGACAAGUUGAGUAGCAGUUUAUACUCGUGCGGAGCCACAAGCCAACUCACAUGAGUGAGUCCUUAAAACUGGAGUUUCAGUCUGUCAUCAUCUUGUCGUUGAUCGGAACCCCACAAACUCUCACUGGACCUUUCAGUGCCUCAUCUCUUGACUCGUAGCCUUCUUUUUCUUUUAAGGACCCGACACAGCAUUGUUCAGUGGAAAUGACACCUUUUAUCAUAACUUCAGAUCGGUCCUUCAUACUUUUUUGGAUAGUUAGCGUUGAAAACAAGGCAGUGCUUCAUCUAUGCAAAAGGAAGCGCGCACACUUAACAGCAACACACUUAACGCCACUUGUUUUUUUUUUUUUUGGCCCUGUCCUCAAAGAAGUGUUGAAAAGCAAUGUUUGUGAUAUGUCAGUAUUUCAUGGAACCAAAGAAUCUGUUGGCUCUGCAGUAAAACAGGCUUGUUAGUUCAGUAGUAUCAACACUAGAAAUGGGUGUCAUCCAAGGGGUAACAUAACGUGCAUUAAAUGGCUUACGUCAACACUACAUUCAUAAGCAAUAGUGACAGUAUUUAUUUGACUAUUUAUAACCAUUCAUCUUCUUGUUUUUGUUAUUUUUUUGUGCUGUCACAAUAGGUGGCGUCUGUAGCACGUGCAAAAACGUGCAAAUCCCUUUUUAACGUUUGCAAGCACGAUUAAUGCUAACAGUCAAUGUGACACUUUUGCUCUGUGUGGCUACAAAAAAAGGAAACAAGGAAUUGGACACCAAACUAUGAGGCUCCACUUGAUGGUUCAAAACAUUUACUUCGUUUUUUUUGGGAGGGCGGCGGGGACUUUGAAAAUACUUUUAAUGCCAGCUCCACACAUUUUUUUUUUUUAAUUGGACAUUUCCUGGCUUUGCUGUUAGCUUUUUCAGGUAUGUUUGUUUGUGUCCCAAGUGUUAUUUCAGGAGAAGGCAUUUUUAAAAUUGCAAUGCAGCACAUUAGUAACCAGAGCACUGCAUAUGUUCAUGUAUCAAAUAUUUUGUAUUUUUGUCACUGCACUGCAAUAAAGAGUGUUUUGUAUUUAAUAAAUGUUUGUUU